GUUUAUAUUAGAUUAUUGAAAUUUGAAUUGUUUUUGAUAAAAUAUAACAUAAAUGCAAACUUUUUACAUCAACUUAGUUUAUAUUGAGGUAAUAACAAUAUGAAUAAAUCAAUAGUCGUUACUGGUGAAGCUUCUGAAACUGAUAGUGAAGAUGAAUUCAAAGAUGUUACUUUGAAUAGUUCCAUGACGAAAUCUGUGCAAGGAGCUGUAAUUCCAGGCGAAGACUCCGAAUCUGAUAAUGAAAUAGACGCCAGUGUUGCUAGUGCUACAUCAGCUUUGACUCAAUGCCAAUUUGUUGCUAACAAUGAUCCUAAAUUUGAUUCUUUGUUUCACCUAAAAUUAAGAGAAUGCAAUGAACAUUUACAUUCCAACAUUGAGAAUGUGUGUCAAUCCACUAUCAAUGAUGCAGCUAGACAUUUAAGUGUUAUUGAUCAACAUUUAGUACGUUCGGAAACGAAUGUAGAAAAUUCAGUUACUGCCGUUAAAUCGUUAAGUAUUAGUUCGUUGAAUAUUAAGAGCAAAUUGCAUUCCCUAUUAUCUUCAAAUUUUCUCGCAAAUUUGAAAGGAUCUAAAGAAUAAGCAUGUACCUAAUAUUCUAUUUGUUAGGCAUAGAUAAAAUUAUUUAAAAAAUAUAAGUAAAUAAUAUACAGGGUGUUCCAAAAUUACAUGCUAAUAUUUAAGGGCAAUUCCUGGACCUAUUUUAAGGAAAAAACUUCACAUAAAAUCCGAAAAUCUGUGCAUUAAAUUGAAACAACCCCAGACUCGUAUUGACCGUUAACGCUUUCUUUAUUCACUUUCAAUUGUAGAUAUUUCGAAGACGUGCAAAUCAAUCACGACAUACCACUCCUCUCUAGCCAUUUCCUGGAAAAUGCCUUCCAAUCUAGGUAUCGGAUACACAUCUAUUUUU